AAGCCGCUAUCUGAUGAUGGUAGACCUGAAAGACGGAUGGUCAGGGCCGUCCUCGUCUAACCUGAACAUGCAAGUGUAGCUUCAUUCAGCAACGGUUGCAACGAUAAACCAGGUUAUUCGACAAUUUAGCCUUAGCUAGUCGCAUAUCUUUUUUUAUUAAAGCAUGGAGGACGAUUGUGUUUGUGAGUACGACUCCACCUGGGACACAGAGAGUGAUGGAGACGACCCGGCCGGAGAGAGCCAAACCCGUCGAUCAAAUCAAGACAAAAACAAAUCGAGCUGGGCUUUAUGGCACCACACGCCCAGAAACAUGAGGGCAGCAAAGGACAUGCAAAACUACAGGAGAGGAUAUCCCAAUCUUGCAGACGAGGAGUGCUCAGAGGACAAAAUGAACAAUCUGCAGUUUUAUCUCAAUAAGUUUCCCUCUGCUCCUGAUGAUAUCUACAUUGAAUCAUUUCUUAAAGAAUGGAAAAAUGACUACAAACGGCUGGAGAGAGUUCACUCGUACAUCCAGUGGCUGUUUCCACUGCGAGAACCAGGGGUCAAUUACAUGGCUUCAGAACUUACCAAGAAGGAAAUUGAGGCCUUCAAGAAGAACGAAGAUGCCAAAAGGCGACUAGUCGAGUCCUAUGAACUCAUGUUGGGCUUCUAUGGAAUCCGUUUGGUUAACAAAGAGACGGGUGAAGUGAAACGUGCAGAAAAUUGGAAGGAGCGCUUUGGAAACCUAGAGCGGAAUAUGCACAACAACCUGCGGAUAACUCGCAUAUUGAAAAGCCUCGGGGAGUUGGGCUUUGAGCACUAUCAGGCUCCUCUGGUGCGCUUCUUCCUGGAGGAGACUCUGGUCAAAAAGACUCUGAGCAGUGUUAAACGGAGCGUGCUCGACUACUUUCUGUUUGCUGUGCUGGACAAGCAUAAACGUCAGGAGCUUGUGCGCUUUGCUUACCUUCACUUUGAGCCAAAGGAUAAGUUUGUGUGGUGUCCCAGAAAGGUUCAGAAGCUAUUCAGAAAGGCAGAGAAGAGACCUGAAGCUAUAGGGAAUGGUGAUGGAAAGGAGGAAGUCUUUUCACGGGUUAAAGGCAAAGAUGGGGAAGCAGCCCUGCAACAGAAGGAAGAUGGACUGGACAGUGUUGCAAAGGCUCAGAAAGGAACUGUUAAAACUGCAUUUAAGGACAAAAGCAAACCAUCCGAGGCAUCCCCUGAGCCUAAACCAGAAUCUGAGGUAAUCGAAAAUGGAAGUGUGGAGACUGAAUGUAAUAAUGAAAUUUUGGGUAAUGGAAAUGACUCUUCAGAUGAUGUUAAUGAAAUGGAACAUUCGCCCAGUAACGACACUGUGACAGGGAAAAGCGAGUUCUGCGCAGACAGUGACCUGAAAUCAACCAGUAACUCGAAUGACCAGGAUGGAGACAUCAAUAUGCAAACAGAAGAGGAUGUAGAACCUGAAAAACCACCGAAGAAAAAAAGAGAAGAUAACAAGGUGCUGCCAAGCAAUGGCCUGGCUGGGGGCUUAGCCGGUGGGCAGAUAGAGGAAAAAGCUGUUCCUAGUAAAGCCAAUGGUCAGACGAGCCCGUCAGUGCAAACUCCUCAUAAGACUUCAAAACACUCGCCUGCUCUGUCUUCAGAAAGGGAGGAAAAAAUCCCAAGGACUGAUUUUAAUCAAGUGCCACAUAAAAAGGAAGCAGACGAAACGUUGCAGGAGAGUAUGUCUGCAACAAACGGGUCACUGAUGAAAACCGACAACGGUGUGGAUGAACAGACAAAUGGGAAGGAACCCGAGGAUAUUGACAUGGAAUCAAACCCCACAAGCUCAGACCAGAAUGUGGGGAACUCAUUAAUGAACUGAUGGACAAAGUUCAUAUUAAAUUAAAUGGAAAAAAUGUAAUAUAGGGACAGAGUAUGGCUUAAAAUCUUUCUAGGCCUUAUUUCUACUAUAUUUGAUGUUAUGUUAACUUUGAAGGACUAUACAGCUAUCAGCCACAACAUUAAAACCACUUUGAGGUUGAAGUAAAUAGCACUGAUCUUACAGUUUCUGCGGCGAAACAUUACAUCCUGGCUUUCAUAUAUUUUGACACAUAUCACCUACCUAAACAUUGUUAUAGAACACGUACAUGCGUAGUUGAUGUACUUCAUCACCCAGCAGGACAUGUGACCCAACACACCACAAAAACUGCUCAGGAAAAAUGACAAAUCACCCAUAGUGUUGACCCAAUCAACACCAACGUCCCCAGAACCCAAUCCAACAUGCCAGACGGAGCCCAGACCAUGAAGGACCCAACUCUCUAUCAUCGGGACCCAAACUUCUUUAUGUCAGACACCACCAGGCUGUGUCCAUGCCUUGGAUGAGGUUGGUCAGAGCUGUUUGGUGGAAUGAGGAGGACCUGCACAGUAUUAUGUAGUUAGUUGUAAUGUUGUGGCUGAUGGGUAUAUGAAUUGAUUAAUUUGUUAAAUGUGGGACCGGAUUCGACUCUUAUUUCUACAUGGCCAUCAGACGAUAUUAAAGGAUAAACACGCCGUAUUGUAUAUUUUUGACUUUUAAACCAAUCCCCAAAAAAGGACCAAAGCAUCACCCAAGUGUGUGAUUAGUUACGCCUCAGUCACACAGGCCUAGAGACCGAGUGGCAACUGCCUGGCAACCAGUGGUUUCUACGGGAAAAUUAGUAUUGCCUGACCAGUUGCAAGCAGUUGCUGUGAACUUGUUCAUGAAAGGCCCACUUUCGUGAACAGGGGGGACCUAGAGACCCCCUCUGGUAACCAAUGGUCACCAAAGGGUAAAUGUGCAGCAAGUUGAUGAGUGGUUGCAGGAGGUUGCUUGCUGUUGCUCAGGGAAACUGGUGGCAGAGAGAUGUACAGUGCUGCACCAAAGGUUAGUGUGCGGGUGCUUUGGUCACUAGCAGGUUGCUGCAGUCGCUAGUUUGCAUGGAUGACGCUGGCUUGCGACGCAAAAUAUAGAACGUUCGCCUUUAAAGUAACAGUUGUACCUUUUGAUGCUCAAACCAAAAAGAUGCAACUUUUACUUUGAUACAAACCUUCUCAGUUUCUGGUGUGCUAGCACCCGAAGCAAUCACAAGGAGUUCUUUGAUGCCACCACGCUCUUUGCAACCAAUUUCACACAGCAACAGACAGCAACUGUUCACCAACCAGUCAGGUAAUAUAUAUUUUUUCCCUAGAGGUCAGGCUGGUCGCCAACCAGUCUCUAGGCCUGUGUGACUGAGGUCUUAGACUCUGAGUAAUUUAACCAUGUCAUUUGUGGCAGUGAGUUCAAAGCAAUUCUAGAGAAGACGGUAAACUUUAAAACAGGUCAGGGACCUGCUUGAUUUUUUUUAUUUUUUUUAAAGGCUGAGUUUUACAGUCGAGAAGUAAGGUUCAAAUAGUGGUGUACUGUACGUUAUGUACAGUAGCAGGAGAGUGUCUGGGGGAUUGAAACUGUGGGUCACUGAUGCAUUUUCAGUAGUUUUAGAAUGACAGUGGAGCUCUCUGGCACCUAGAGCCCAACUGCAAUAUGCAAGUUGGAUAAAUCCACUGCUGGUUUUGGUCUUCUGUUUUUUGUCAACAGUAAAAAUAUAGAAUAUGGCCUGUCUUAUCCUUUAAAGUCGUUAUGACUAAGACUGUCAGCAACAGAUACUUAAUAAUUUUACAGAAUUCAUAAAGCACUAUUAUUACUGUAUAUCAAUGAAAUGAAGUUUUCAGCGUUUUUAACACCUUAAUACUUUGAAUUUUGAACAUUUUUUUGCACUGAGAAAUAAUUACUUUGAAGAGCUUUUUCCCCUCUUUGAGAGGUGUGUGUGUGUGUGUGUGUGUGAGAGAGAGAGAGAGAGAGAGAGAGAUUCUUGUGUUUCUGCUGGAUCCUGCUGUUAAAAUGGAAUUAAUACUCGGUAUCAUUUAAGUUAUAUUUCAGUAGUGUUGCACAGUCUGUAUGUCUCCAUGCGGAUUUGGGAGGUAGACUUUUGAACAACUGAAAUCCUUGCCAAAAAUGUGAUAAGACUGGUUGAUUGUACAAUGUGUAAUUCUUUGUGGCAGAAUUGACAAAGCUUUGGAUAUAAUUUAAAGUCUGCUGUAUGUUAAUUUGUAAUGGGUACAGUCUGUGAACUUACAAGCCAGGGUGAUUAUAUCGAUGCAUCUUUUUAUAUUUGCACUUAAUUUCCACUGUUAUUGUUCAAGUUACUGUAUUUGCGAAAUGAAAUGGUUAUGACUUUAUAUAUUCCUUUUUUUCCCUCCUGACUAAAUACCUGGCAGUUAAUGAAGCAGAAUAAAGCUGUACUAUUUUC